AUACCAUCCAUUAAUAUAAUAAUAAUUUGUAAAGAUGGGAACAAUGUUGGUUCAAAGAGUUGAAAGCUUAUCCUUAAGUGGGAUAGAAUCAAUUCCAAAGGAAUACGUGAGGCCAAAAGAAGAGUUAACAAACAUAGGUAACAUCUUCGAGGAAGAAAAAAAAGAAGGGCCUGAAGUUCCAACAAUUGAUUUAAAAGAAAUAAACUCUUCGGAUGAAUUAGUUAGAAGGAAAUGUAGGGAGAAGUUGAAGAAAGCAGCUGAAGAAUGGGGUGUGAUGCAUUUAGUGAACCAUGGUAUAUCUCAUGAUCUAAUUAAUCGUCUUAAGAAAGUUGGUGAAACAUUCUUUGGUUUGUCUGUUGAUGAAAAGGAGAAAUAUGCAAAUGAUCAAAGUUGUGGUAAGAUUCAAGGUUAUGGAAGUAAAUUAGCUAAUAAUGCUAGUGGUCAACUUGAAUGGGAAGAUUACUUCUUUCAUCUUAUUUUUCCUGAGGAUAAGAGGGACUUGUCCAUCUGGCCUAAGACACCACAUGAUUAUACGGAGGUUACAAGCGAAUAUGCAAAGCAACUAAGAGGGCUAGCUAGCAAGAUAAUGGAAGUGUUGUCUCUAGAACUAGGGCUAGAAGGAGGAAGGUUAGAAAAGGAAGUUGGUGGAAUGGAAGAGCUUUUACUUCAAAUGAAAAUAAACUAUUACCCAAUUUGCCCUCAGCCAGAACUAGCACUUGGAGUUGAAGCCCAUACAGAUGUAAGUUCACUUACUUUCCUUCUACACAAUAUGGUGCCAGGUUUGCAACUUUUCUAUGAGGGUAAAUGGGUCACAGCAAAAUGUGUACCUGAUUCAAUUCUAAUGCAUAUUGGUGACACAAUUGAAAUUCUUAGCAAUGGAAAAUACAAGAGUAUACUUCACCGUGGAUUGGUGAAUAAGGAAAAAGUUAGAAUAUCUUGGGCAGUGUUUUGUGAACCACCUAAGGAAAAAAUCAUCCUCAAGCCACUUCCUCAACUUGUAACUCAAAAUCAACCUGCACGGUUUCCACCACGCACUUUUGCUCAGCAUAUUCAUCACAAACUUUUUAGGAAUGAGGAAGAGGAAGAUACCAAAUGAUCGUGCAAAUUUGUAUUGUAUACAUACAUAUACUUGUUUGAAUUCUCUAUAGUUGUUUCAAGCCUAGUGUGUGUGCUGUUGUGUAAUAAGAGCCUCUAUAGGCCUAAAUAUUUGUUGUUAGUUAUUUCCUUUUUUAAAAUAAAAAACUAUUUAUUCAUCAUGUUUUUA